ACUGCAGGCUGGGCAACAGAGCAAGAAACUGUCUCUAAAAAAAUGUCAAGAAAAUUAGAAGGGUAUUAAAUGGUACACUACAAAAAAAAUCAAUGGAAUACAAAAGAAGGCAGUGAUGGAGGAAAUGAGGAACAAAAAUGGUAUAAGACAUACAGAAGGAGUGCCUGGAGAGCAGCAACAGCCCAGCUGCCGCCACCAUGUCCCUGCAGGCUGAUUUUGACAUGGUCACAGAAGAUGUGAGGAAGCUGAAAAGAAGACCAGAUGAUGAAGAACUGAAAGAACUGUAUGGGCUUUACAAACAAGCUGUAAUUGGAAACAUUAAUAUUGAGUGUUCAGAAAUGCUAGAAUUAAAAGGCAAGGCCAAAUGGGAAGCACAGAACCUCCAAAAAGUGUCAGAGGAAGAUAUGAUGAGUGCCUUUAUUUAUAAAGCCGAAGAGCUGAUAGAAAAAUAUGGAAUUUAGAAUAAAACAUAUGAUAAAUUUUCCUUUUUGAAGCCUUCAUAAUGGUAUCAUGACCAAACAUUUAGAGUUAACACUGUUAACUCUAGGUAUCAUGUAUAUUUUUGCUAUUAUUAUGAACUAAAAUACUUAAUUAGUAGUAUGCUAAAACUGCAUAGUUAACUAAAUUGUACUUGCUUAAA